UCCUGAAUCCUUGCAGACUGACAUUCCCCCCUCCCCCAUAAAGGCAUUACACGAAAUUGUGUUUAGGGCAAAAGAAGGGUCCUUAAGCUGCAGAGAUGGUUGCCCGAAUGUCUGAUCUCCACGUUCUGCUGCUUGUGGUUCUGGCGGGAAAGACAGACUUUGGGUUCUCCCUGAUGUCUCUCGUCGUAGACCCGGACCCAGAUUGGACUCCUGACAACUAUAAUUACAGCUAUGACUAUGAAGCCCAGGAAGAGAACACCAGUAGCGCUGUUGACUACCCCGGUAAUCCUGACUGGUACUACACAGACAAUGAUCCAUGCCUGCCCAACCCCUGCAAACAUGGCGGGACCUGCCUUGUCAGUGGGGACAGCUUCACGUGCAGCUGCCCAGCCCCUUUCUCUGGGAGAAAUUGUCAGAAUGUGAAAAACAGGUGCAGAGAAAACGCAUGUGGCCACGGGGAAUGUCUUGUUAUUCAGAGUCCUCCCUACUACCGCUGUGCCUGCAAACACCCUUACAGGGGUCCAGGCUGCUCCACAGCGGUUCCUGCAUGCAGGCCAAACCCCUGCCAAAACGGCGGCACCUGCUCCCGCAACCGGCGGAGAUCCAGGUUUACCUGUACCUGUCCCAACCAGUUCAAGGGGAAGUUCUGUGAAAUAGGUUCUGACGACUGCUAUGUGGAAGACGGUUUCUCUUACCGAGGGAAAGUGAGUAGGACAAUCAACCACCACUCGUGCCUGCACUGGAACUCCCACCUCCUCUUGCAAGAGCAUUACAACAUAUUUAUGGAGGGUGCAGAGGCCCACGGGAUUGGGGAGCACAACUUCUGCAGAAACCCAGAUGGAGACCAAAAGCCCUGGUGUUUCAUUAAAGUAAAUAAUGCAAAGGUGAAAUGGGAGUACUGUGAUGUCUCAGCCUGCUCAGCCCUAGACAUCACCGACCCAGAGGAAGGACCCAGGGAGCCCCCGGCCAGGCUUCGGGACUUUGACUCAUGCGGGAAGACCGAGGUCACAGAGAGAAAGAUCAAGAGGAUCUACGGAGGCUUUAAGAGCACGGCGGGCAAGCACCCGUGGCAGGUGUCCCUGCAGACCUCGCUGACACUGAGCACCCUCAUGCCCAAGGGCCACUUCUGCGGGGGGUCGCUGAUCCACCCCUGCUGGGUGCUCACCGCUGCCCACUGCACUGACAUAAAACCCAAGAAUCUAAAAGUGGUCCUAGGGGACCAGGACUUGAAGAAGGCAGAAUCCCAUGAGCAGACCUUCGAGGUGGAGAAGAUAUUCAAGUACAGCCACUAUCAUGAAACAGAUGAGAUUCCUUACAACGAUAUUGCUUUGCUCAAGCUGAAGCCAGUGAAUGGUCACUGUGCUCUAGAAUCUAAAUAUGUGAAGACUAUAUGUUUGCCCGAUGGUCCCUUUCCUUCUGAGACUGAGUGCCACAUCUCUGGCUGGGGCAUUACAGAAACAGGGGAAGGCUCCCAACAGCUCCUGGAUGCCAAAGUCAAGCUGAUCGACAACUCUGUGUGCAACUCCCGCCGACUCUACAACCGCAUGAUUGACGAGACCAUGGUCUGUGCGGGAAACCUGCAGAAGCCUAGGCCCGACACCUGCCAGGGUGACUCUGGAGGCCCUCUGACCUGUGAGAGGAACGGGACCUACUACGUCUAUGGGAUAGUGAGCUGGGGCGAGGAAUGUGGGAAGAAGCCAGGGGUCUACACCCUCGUCACCCAAUUCCUGGAUUGGAUCAAAACCACCAUCCAAAGGGAGCGCAGUUUCUAAGGUGUCUCUGGAGCCUCGGACGAGGCAAGGCCUCGUGGGCAGCAGUGGACAGCCCUCGGAGGAGCCCCCAGGAUGCCACCCCACGAGGGGUCCACACUCGAAGCAGAGAGCGCUGCCGCCGGCCUGGGGUGUCCAGGACCCACCAUUCCGUCAGGCUCCCUCCCAGUCACCCGAGAACUGGCAGAAUCAAUUCAAAAUAUGGAUUGUUUGCUUCCUUUCGCACAACGGCACCUUCUAGAAAACCAGGGUUCACUGACUGCCUCCACGCCGGACCUUUGUAAAUGCGGGAUUUCAGAACGCUCAGCAUCGGUCGGAGUCACCUCGGCACCUUUAUUCCUCACCCCGGACACUCGAGGUCCACAACAGACCCAGCCCCCUACUUCCAGGCUUUAGAGAAGGGACC